AUGGGAAAGGCCGCGACAGCCGAGGCUGCGCCUGUGGGCGUCAGUGGAUCCACAACCACCACGGAAACGGAGAAACAGGCGGAGCAAAACCAUAUGGUUCUGAAACCCGCCAAGCAACCUGUCGAAAAACACCGCCUCGACUACAAGCCUCCCGAGUUCUUCAUCGACUUCGUGGACCUCGACUUCGAUCUCUAUGAGGACAAAACAAAGGUGACAUCCAUCCUGACGAUUCAUCGUCGUCCUCAAACGCCUCCUACUGAUCUCGUCCUCGAUGGCGAGGACCUCGAUCUCGAGUCUGUCGAACUGGACGGCGCUGCGCUGUCCCUGCGUUCCGCGGAGACACAGAAGGCGAAUCAAAAGGCGGUCUACUCUCUCGACGUGGACGGCCGCCUGGUGAUUCCAGCGGACCUCCUCCCUGAAGACGCCGAGAAGAAAUUCAAACUCAAAACCGUCGUCUACGUGAACCCGAAGGAAAACCUCCAGCUCAUGGGUCUGUACAAAUCCGGUGCUCUCCUCGUCACUCAGUGCGAGGCUGAAGGCUUCCGCCGUAUCACCUACUUCCUCGAUCGCCCGGACGUCAUGUCCCUCUUCAAGGUUCGCUUGGCUGCUGACGAGAAGACGAGCCCUGUUCUGCUGAGCAACGGAAAUCUUGUGCAGUCGGGGAAAGUCGAGGGCGAAGAAGGCCGACACUUUGCCGUCUUCGAGGACCCGUUCCACAAACCGUGCUACCUCUUUGCUCUCGUUGCGGGAGACCUCAAGUCCAUCGGCGACACCUUCACCACCAUGAGUGGAAGAAAGGUGCAAGUGUCGAUUUUUUCGGAGCCUGAAGACAGCAGCAAGCUGACUUGGGCGCUGGAGAGCGUGAUGAAGUCGAUGAAGUGGGACGAGGACCGUUUUGGUCGGGAAUACGAUCUGGACGUUUUCAACGUGGUUUGUGCAAAAGACUUCAACAUGGGUGCCAUGGAAAACAAGGGCUUGAACAUUUUCAACGCUGCGCUCCUCCUCGCCGACCCCGCAACCACAACAGAUGCGGAGUACCAGCGCAUUUUGAAUGUCAUCGGCCAUGAGUACUUCCACAACUGGACCGGCAAUCGCGUGACGUGCCGCGACUGGUUCCAGCUUACUUUGAAGGAGGGCUUGACCGUGUUCCGCGACCAGCUUUUCACCGCCGACAUGUGCUCCGCUGCCGUCAAGCGGAUCGAAGACGUCAUUUUUCUCCGCAGCAGGCAAUUUGCGGAAGACAGCGGCCCGAUGGCGCACCCCAUUCGGCCGGAAACGUACAUCGCCAUGGACAACUUUUAUACGGCGACCGUCUACGACAAGGGUGCAGAAGUGAUUCGCAUGUAUCACACGUUGUUGGGUGAGGCGGGUUUCCGCAAAGGCAUGGAUUUGUACUUUUCACGGCACGACGGCCAGGCGGUGACUUGCGACGACUUCCGCGCCGCCAUGGCAGACGCGAACAACAAAGAUUUGACCCAGUUUGAAAGGUGGUACUUGCAAGCUGGGACGCCUGAAGUGGAAGUUGUGGAAGCUGCGUUUCAACCCGAGACGAAAAAGUACAAAUUGACCCUCAAGCAGCACACACCGCCGACGCCAGGACAGAAGGAGAAGAAGCCUUUCCACAUUCCCAUCAAAAUCGGACUCAUUGGGAAAAACAGCAAAACCGACCUCCUCAAACCUGCCACAAUGGUGUUGGAGCUGACGGAGGCUGAACAGGCGUUUGAGAUCGCCGUUUCGGAGGACUGCGUGUUGUCUUUCUUGCGGGAUUUCUCGGCCCCAGUCAAAGUGGUGCACCGGCAGACGGACGAGGAGAUCGCGUUCCUCAUGGCGCACGACUCGGACGACUUUUCCAAGUGGCAAGCGGCGCACACGCUCGCCUCUCGCCUGCUGAAGCAGCGCGCAGAGCAGUGGCGAGAAACGCAAGGGGAGAACGUCAGCUUCGAGCCGCUGCCCCAGACCUACGUCGAGGCCUUCAAGCAAACUCUGCUGGACACAGGAAGAGACAGGUCGAUCCAGGCGUACACACUGCGUCUCCCAGAUCGCGAUGGCGUCGCACAAGACAUGGAUCCGAUUGAUCCAGAAGCGCUGAAGGAGGCGACGGAGUCGGUUCGCCGAGAGGUCGGGCGACUCUUGAAGACCGAGCUCCUGAACGUCUAUGCGAGCUUGUCUGCUCCGGAAACGGAAACUCAAGAGAGCCGCGACCAGUCCGAAGUGGCCAGACGUCGCUUGCGCAACGUUGUCCUCUACUUUUUGACUGGCGAAAAAGACAAGCAGGCGGCAGAGAUUGCGAUGAAGCACUUCAAAUCUGCUAAGGGCAUGACGGAGAAAUACGCCGCUCUUUCCAUUCUUUCCGACAUCGAGGGACGUGAGCGUACAGCUGCUCUCGAACAGUUCUACAACGACGCAAAGGGAGACGCCCUGGUGCUGGACAAGUGGUUUGCGGUGCAAGCCUUGUCCGACGUGCCGAACGUGACGGCGACGGUGAAGGCUCUGCAGAAGCAUGCCGACUUCACCGCGAAGAACCCGAAUAGGCUCCGCGCGCUCAUUUUCUCCUUCACGCGCAACCCGCAAUUCCACAACAAGGACGGGGCCGGGUACGCGCUCCUCGCCGACUCUGUUCUGGAAGUGGACCGGUUCAACCCGCAGAUCGCAGCUCGCGGGGCGGGCGCGUUCCUCCAGUGGAAGAAAUACGGCAAGACGCGACAGGGCGAGAUGCUCAAGCAGCUGAGAAGAAUAGCACGCACUCCAGGCCUAUCGCCUGAUACACUCGAGAUCGUGCAAAAGGCACUCGCGGGUGCGCCUGCGGAAACGACGGCGUGA